UAAUCAGGAGGAGGAGAAGGAUCUGAUGAUGAUGAAUUCAGAAAUUACAAAUAAUCAACUUUUCUCAGACCUGUCUCCGAUCAUCACAAGCACUUCCGUCCUUCCCGAUCAACUCUGCGAGCCACUGGAUUUCACCUUUGAAGACCUCCUCUGAUCGCCUGGUGCGGUGAGGGGAGAGACUUUCAUGAUGUCAAGACCUAUGCUACUUGUGUUUCUUUUAAUUAUUAUGAUAGUAACUUCACAGUUUGAAUGGAAGCAACCACUUGUCAAUGAUAUUGAGGCAACACCUAGUUUGUCUCAGAAACAAUUGCAAAUCACUAAGAGGGAAGAAGCUGUUAAGGAGAAGAUCAUCUUAUCUCAAGAAAAGAAUAUUCAAAGGCUGAAUGAGCUUGUGAGGAAUCUUAGGGAACAACUGCUACAAUGUAGAAGCGAUAACAACAACGAGACCACAAACACUUUGACUGGCAGUGUUAUAGAACUUGAGCGGCAGCAGAUACUAGAAGACUAAAUUCUGAUUAACGUUUUUGAAGAACCUGACUAAAU